CAAGUAAGACGUGUCUACGUUUGCUGCCUGCCUUUUAGAGAGUUCAAAAAAUGGAAACAGUUAUGUUCUUAUUCCCACAGUUGAAUGUGUUUGGUCCAAAAGAGGAGCCUUACUAUAAAAUCAUCAAAUCUGGAGAAAGUGAGGUAGUUAAAAGAGAAAACAAUAGCAGAGCUAAAGAAAAAAGAAAUCGACUCAGCCUACUUCUUCAGAAAUCUGAGUAUAAUGAGAAUGAUGAUAGCAGCAAUAAAGCAGAGAAAUCUCCAAAAUCAACAAGAGACUCCUCUUGUGAAUGUCUGAAGUGGAGUGAAUCAUUACAGACUUUGCUUUUUCACAAAGAUGGAUUGCAUGCCUUCAGUAAUUUCCUAAGGAUGGAGUUCAGUGACGAAAACAUUGACUUCUGGUUAGCAUGUGAAGACUAUAAGAAAACAAAACAGUCGUGUAAACUACCGCCUAAAGCAAAGAAGAUCUAUGAAGAAUUCAUACAAACCGAUGCACCAAAAGAGGUUAACCUGGAUGCCAGAACUAAGGAGAUUACAGCAAACAACAUGAGAAAUCCCUGUUUUACCAGUUUUAACUUAGCACAAAGUGCAAUCUACAACUUAAUGGAACAGGACAGUUAUCCACGGUUCUUGAAAUCAGAGUCUUACCUGGACAUGUUCAAGUACAACCAGUUAGUUAGUAAUCCUCACAGAAGAAGAUCCCGGUCAUUUAAUAACUGCAGUGAAUUUAAGGAAGCAAGAGCUGAUUUCACUUUUUCUUUAUAGGUAAUUAUUCAGCUUUGCACCUGGAUAAGACUGUACAAAGGACACUCUGCACUGAGAUGCACUGGCAUACGUAUGGAUACUGUCUGGCAUGUACAAUUUAGAACAAGAUAUAUAUAUAUAUAUAUAUAUAUAUAUAUAUAUAUAU